UUUCUGAAUCUAAACUUUAUAAUUAAUUAAAAAAAAUCCCGGCAUUCAUAAUUAUUCUCGUUUUUAGUUGAGUUUCACCUACUAUAGUUAUAUUUGCGAAAUUUAUUUUUUAUCAUGUUCAGCUAACUUUCUUCAUUCAGUAUGUCGACAGCUGAUGAGAAUGAUAGACUUUUACUGAAUUUUGAAAACAUUCAGCAAUACAAAAAUUCUUUACCAAGUCAAUCAAACAUUUCCUCUAAUGUCAUACUCAACAGUGUUUGGAAUGAAAACAAGAACAUUCUCAAUGAAAAAGUUGACGAAAUCUUUAAAUCCGCUAAAAGUCUUCUCCAAAACUCUGAUAGUGAGUCGCAUAUCAGAACAUGGAAAUCAUCCCUAAGAACUCUAGAUCCUGAAAGUAUUUUUCAUCGCUCAGUGCCAAAAUGUAAUACAUGUUCUGCCACCACACAUAAAAGAUUUGAACAAUUCCUCAAAAAAACCUGUAACUGUGACAUCGUAAAAAUAUCUAAUGAAAACCUUACUGCAUCAGAUGAAUCAAGCCAAGAAAGUAGAGAAGAGCCAAUAAUAAAACCAAGGUUUGGACGCAAUAGACACUUUAAAAAUACCUCACAAAAUUCAUUAGUUGGCAAAAAAUUUACUAUUGAAGAACCUGUUCAAGACUUAGAUUUUACAAAAGAAGAACUGGAAAAUAAAGCACAUAAAAGUAAUGUAGCUAAAAUUACAUUUAAGACUGCAAAAGAACAAUUGCUGGCAUCUAAUCCUGCUGCGAGAAGGACUCUCGGUACUUCUAAGAAAGCUCAAGCCAAGUUUGUGUCUCCCAUGAUCGGAGCUGUUACUCUAGAGAAACAGGAUUCACAAGAAACUGAAAUAGCUGAUGAAAGAUUAAAACAUAUUGAUCCUAAAAUGAUUGAGCUAAUUGAGAGUGAAAUUAUUGAUAAAGGGACACCUGUUAGUUGGGAAGACAUUGCCGGGCUGCAGUUCGCCAAGUCUGUGAUCCAAGAGGCGGUAGUGUGGCCGCUGCUGAGACCGGACAUCUUCACUGGACUGCGGCGGCCCCCCACCGGGAUACUGCUGUUCGGACCACCGGGAACCGGGAAAACAUUAAUUGGUAAAUGCGUGGCGGCGCAGUGCAAGGCUACGUUCUUCAGCAUCUCGGCGUCCUCGCUGACGUCCAAGUGGAUCGGCGACGGGGAGAAGAUGGUGCGCGCGCUGUUCGCGGUGGCGCGGUGCCACCAGCCCGCGGUGAUAUUCAUAGACGAAAUAGACUCGUUGCUGACCCAACGCAGCGACUCGGAGCACGAAGCCACCCGGAGAAUCAAAACUGAGUUCCUAGUACAAUUCGAUGGUGCAGCUACAAGUGAAGAAGACAGACUUUUAAUAGUUGGCGCGACCAAUCGUCCCCAUGAGUUAGACGAAGCUGCCCGCAGGAGACUCGUCAAGCGGCUGUACAUACCUCUACCAGAAACUGACGCAAGAAAACAAAUAAUAAUGAAUUUGCUAAGGAACGAAAACAAUGAACUGACGCCGGACCAAAUAUCGGAAAUAGCGGACCUAACUGAAGGGUACUCCGGAGCGGACAUGAAGUCUCUGUGCUGCGAGGCUGCCAUGGGCCCCGUGCGCGCCGUGCCUCUGUCGCAGAUCCUCAACGUCGACCGGGACAAGGUGCGACCAGUUUGUCUCAAAGAUUUUACCAGUGCGUUACAAAGGGUCAAGCCGAGUGUAUCGCAAGAUGAUUUGGGACAGUACAUCAAAUGGAAUAAAACUUAUGGUCAAGGAUUUUAAUAAAGUUUGUU